AUGGACAAAGGCGAGUUUCUCGCCAACAAGCAGAAGCUUGAAGCUGCGUACGUUGGUGUGCUGAAGGAGUACCUGUCUGAUGUUGAGUUCAUGGAGUCGGACUUUUGUCUCGUGCACCAGCAGAAUUGCUUCAUCUCUCCUCGCCGCGACCUCGACCACCAGCGAUCAUUGUGGGUGGAAGCCAGUGGCAACACCUGUUGCCCUUGGUCGGCCAUGGCAAGAGCCGUUCAAACGGGUGGAUGGCUUGAUGUGGCUUCUUUGCCGUUCAUGGUCUGGUGCUUCAGCGUUCGCUUCUAUGAGCCCGACCUGAUACUACAGGAGAAUGUGUGCCGAUUUCCGGAGCAGGAGCUGCUUGCCAUCCUCAAUGACUUCUCCGACGGCGUCCUCAAGGAUCUUUGGACGAGGCCUUUUGAUGCAGAAGAAGGCACUCAAAGGUGCUACAAGAUGCAAGUGCAUUCGUUCUCACCUACAGAUCUGGGAAUUCCGAGCAACAGACAGCGUCAGUAUGCUUCGUUUUCUUUGAGUCCGUGGGUGAAAAUUGAGACCGGCGCCCUGACCUUCGAGGCAAUCUUUCAUCGUUCGCGACGAGUGGGGCCGGAAGUCUAUCUCAAUGCGGUGCCGAACUCGGUCUUGAUCAGUGAGAUAAAGAGCGAGGCAAAAAAUCGUGGAUGGGAUGGCACCAAAGUCUUGACACAACAUGAUGCUCUGAGUACAGGCAACAGGGGCCGACUGGAGAGCUGGCAGUGCUGGGCCAGCAGAGGAACAGCACUGAGGGACAAGAAUGGCGUGUGGCAGCAUCGGCUGGCCUUGGCAGAUGUUACACAAAAUCCGCGAUUCAAAAACAGAGUCGAUGUGGACUACAUGCCUUGCCUGCUGACGCACACGGUGCUUUGGGAUCUUGUCACGGACUCCAUGGUGCCGGUUAUGGCUCACUGGCUGGCCCAAGGCUUUCCUCACCCCAGCGCUGUGCUUCUCAGUCCAGACAUUGCCAGAUCCUUCCCGUUCGACCCGAGCUUGAUUGAAUAUGUAUCCGAGAGAGCCUUGCCUUUGUCAGCUCAACGAAUACUGACGGGCAAUGCAAUGCAUGGGAGUUGCAUAGGAAGCUGGUUCCUGUUCAACAUGGUCGGGACAGACACGACCAGGAUUCAGGCCCACAUGGAUAGUCCCGUGGAGUCUUUGUCGUCGCUUUGA